AUGUCUGUGGCCAAAAUCCUGUGCUGUUUGCUGUUAACCUGUCACCUCAGUGAGGGGAAGAAACUCAAAGGAAACAGAACAGUAGUAGUGGACACAGAGCAGAGAAGAGUCCUAAAGGUGAAACAGCCAUAUGUCAGCAGUUCAAUCUUCAGGCUAUUUUUGGAAGGUGAGGACACCUGCACAGUGGACCCUCUGCAGCUGCACACUCUCACCUCCUGUGGCUUCAACAGCAGUAAUCCCCUCAUCAUCAUCACUCAUGGGUGGUCGGUGAAUGGAAUGAUGUCGAGCUGGGUGUUCAGAUUAGCCAGAGCCCUGAAGGCAAAUCUGAUAGACGUCAACGUGGUGGUCACUGAUUGGCUGUCCCUGGCUCACCAACACUACCCCAUAGCCGUACAGAGUGCACGCACUGUUGGAAAAGACAUCGCUCACCUGCUGCAGUCACUUCAGGCACAGUACCAGUAUCCAGUGAGAAAAGCUCAUUUGAUUGGCUUUAGCCUUGGUGCUCACACCUCUGGAUUUGCUGGAAGCUAUCUGGGAGGUUCAGAGAAGAUUGGAAGAAUAACUGGUCUUGAUCCGGCUGGGCCAUUGUUUGAAGGCAUGUCUCCCACAGAUAGACUGUCUCCUGAUGAUGCUGAAUUUGUGGAUGUCAUCCACACCUUCACCCAUGAACGUAUGGGCUUCAGUGUGGGCAUCAAGCAAGCUGUGGCACAUUAUGACUUUUACCCUAAUGGUGGAGACUUCCAACCAGGAUGUGACCUGCAAAACAUCUACGAGCACGUAGCCCAAUACGGGCUAAUUGGUUUCGAGCAGACGGUGAAGUGUUCUCAUGAGCGAUCCGUUAAUCUAUUCAUCGACUCUCUGCUGAAUAAAGAUAAGCAGAGCGUGGCGUACAGAUGCAGUGACAACAGCGCUUUUGAUAAAGGUGUCUGUCUGGACUGCCGGAAGAAUCGCUGCAACACACUGGGCUACAAUAUCAAGAAGGUUUGCGUUGGCACCAGCAAGAGGCUCUACCUGAGAACACGCUCUCGGAUGCCUUAUAAACUCUAUCAUUACCAGCUCAGAAUCCAGUUUAUCAACCAGACAGAGACAAUUGAGCCCUCUCUCACUAUCUCCCUUGCUGGAACCAAGGAGGAGAGUCGAGAAAUCCACAUCACCUUCACUGAAAUGAUUGCAGUCAAUAGGACCUACACCUUCCUGAUCACCCUGGACAGAGACCUAGGAGAUCUGAUGUUGCUGAAAUUGCGCUGGGAGGGAUCAAACCUGUGGAAGAACAUGUGGAAUCGGGUGCAGACCAUCAUUCCUUGGGGUGGCUGGAAGAGAAAACCACUGCUGACUGUGGGCAAGAUCAGUGUCAAAGCAGGGGAGACACAGGAGAGGACAUGUUUUUGUGCCAUGGAAAAUGAUGUACAACAUGUUGAAGUGUUGCAAGAUAAAGUGUUUGUCCGUUGUAAAGAAGAGACAACAAAACCAUGCAGAAGAAGACACAGCUAACUAUACAAAUGCAUUUCUGAAGAAAAUGUAUGUGUGGAUGCUCAUUGCUGAAGAAUCACCCUGAAAAUGCUGAAAUGGCUGAAAACCACUGCUGAAACAGCUGAAGG